UAAUUAUUAACAAAAUGAGUAUUGCUGAAAUGCUACAAUCAAAACCAAUUACAACUUGCAGAGUUGUAAGACUUUCUAAUCUGGGUUACGGAGAAAUAGAUCCAAAUUUUAUUGUCGAAUAUUAUAAUAAGUUAGACAAUAUGUGGUUCGUAUUCAAUUCAGAAAGUGGUUGGACUGUACUUAAGUACAAUAAAAGCUAUGAUAAUCCUAUAAUCUUUAAUGGUUGGAAAGAAUUACUUGAACUUCAUGGAUUGCCUAAUAACAUUGAACUUGAAUUAGACUAUUAUGGUGGAAACUGUUUUGGAAUCAAAUCUUUUAAGGAACCUAUUGUUGAAACUGAUAUUUUGCCAUUUCACAGUCGUAGUAUAAUACCACAUGAAACUGUGUUUUUUGACAUUCCAUUGACUACUGAAAGUGUGAAGAACAAAAAUUUGAUUUUACCUAUGGACUUUGCAAGUUACUUGAUGGAUAAAAAGAUCAAAUUUAUUACCAUAUGCGGCGAUUAUCCCCACAAAGAACAUAUGAAGGUUGUUCAUUCUACCAAUCCCGUCAUAACAAAAUUGGGAAAUACCUGGAAAGAGCUGUGUCAAGAAAUUCCUUUCUGUGCUGGUGAUACAAUUCGUUUUAAGUUUGCGAUUAACGAUCCACACGAUCGAUGCCACAUGUGGAAGCUACCAGAAAUUACCAAUGCAUGAUCUUUGUUAUUUGCUAUGUUCUAUUGGUUCUCUUUAUCAAUUAAAAGUACUACUUAUUUGCCAACUUUUCGUUGAAUUUGGCAAUCAAAUAAUUUGUGUAUUUUUUUUCUUCUUUACUUUCUUUUAUUAUGGUGUUUUGUAUUAUCAUUUUUAAUUAAUGAA